AUGUCUUCGAAUCCCGACUUCCCUUGUCUCUUCUCACGCCUAACGCUGGGUCGCCAAUCGUGGACGAGACCCUCUACUUCCGCUAAAACAGCUAAGCUUCACGAUGCUCCCUCCAAGCAGGUCCGGCCCAGGUCUUACACCCACAAUCUGGACCAGGUGAUUUGUUGUCCACCAGUCAUUCAGGUUGUGCUUGAAGUGGUGUGGCAGAGUGCCACCAGGCUCAUGGUGGAUGACCCUUCGGGAGAUAUGGUCUUGCGGCUGCUAGAACCAGCUGGAAAAGACCAUGAGAUGGGGGAGCAACAGUUUUACUUGCCACACCACUUCCAGUGCAACCCAAAUGACCGGUGGACAACAAAUCACCUGGUCCAGAUCAUGGGUGUAAGACCCGGGCCGGACCUGCCUGGAGGGAGCAUCGUGAAGCUGGACAGGGAGAGUGAACAGGUAGGAGAUUUUCAUUGGGAGCACACAGGUGCAAGUAAGGCUGAAAAGAAAACAGUGUUUGGUUCCUUGUGUUUAGUAUUUUCGGCCAUUACACUCAGCAAUGUGUGUUUGGUGCAGGAGCUGAGCAGCUAUUGUGUCAGCUACAACUGGCAGCUUGAUGGAGGUGAGCUGGCGGACACGGAGGACAGUGGCACAACACGACAUACAUUGAAGAAGCCCUCCCAUCGCAAGGGGGCUGAUGCCGGCUUAACACAGAAACACCAGCCGUGCCAACAAAAGGUCAAAGAAUGUGUGCCGGCCGAAGUGCUGGCCGCCAUGGAUGUAGCCAUUGGACUUGGGCAGCACCGAUCGAAGUCCAGGUGUCGAAUCAAAAGCACUCAAAAGGAGACCUUCCUACACUGA